AUGAUGCACCGCUAUACCACUACGCCUUCUGACUCGACUGAAGCAACCGGACAAGACCCUUUGGAGACACAUCCUGUGGAGCGGCGCUUGACACUUGGCUUCAGAAUGGAGACACCCGAAUACGCCGCAGCUGAGACUGUCCUUCUGACUCGAUUUCGUCAAUUUGACGGGAAGGAAGGCGUACCUCGUCAGAUCAUCAUCCACACACUCGCGGCGUUUUAG